AUGAUUAUUGCAUGUGUAAUAGGCGCUGAAGGUAUAUUCCUCAUAGUCCCUGAAGAUGUGCCCAUGGCUCUCAUCGGGAUCUACGGGUUCUCGCCACCGCUGCGUGUUGGCAAGGACCACCGCGUGGGUUUCGGUUUCAAAUUCGGCAGCCACGCAGAUUUUCAGGUCAUGUACGAGUUUGGACCUCAGAUGCGCACUAAACCCCUUCAGCCUAUCAAAAUCCGCUCGGCAGCAUACAGACAGCGCGUGACGCGGCGACGUCCGCUGUUAGAGUUGCUGCUACGUGCCGGGUUGCUGCAAGUAGCCGAGGCAGAGGCCGAAGUCACCUACGAUGAGGACUUGGACCAGCCUAGAUAG